GUGUAUAUAUAUAAGACCGAAAUACUUUUUUUAAUAUUCGAUUCAUCGAGACGAGAUCCAAUCGACGUUCUUACCAGUGUUUAUACAUUCAUGAACAAAAAUGAAAAUUUUAUUGAUAAUAUUAGCAACCAUUUUGAUUUCCUGUCAUGGUUUGGCAUACGGAGGUGAUACAGGGGAUUCUAUUAUUACCACUUACUCUACAAUCACAAUGGACAAAUUCAAAAAGCUUAUGAAAAAUGGAAACAAAACCCUUGGAAUUCCAGUUUUAGAUCCCUUCGAAUUAAAACGAUAUAUGUAUCAAGUUGACGAAAAGCAUAUUGUUAAGGCGGAAGGAAUCCUAAGAUUCUUCGAGGUCGACGAAUUGUCUAAUUUCAAGGUCAUCAAGGCAGACUUCAAUCUCAUUGGAAUUGAAAUUAACCUACAUUUGUUAUGGGAUACGAUCAAAUUGGUUACCAAUUACUCCUUAGAAGGGUUUUUAAUGGACUUUUUAACGAUAUACGGUUUUGGUGCCGUCAAGGCAAACGUGAAAGGUUUAGACAUAGCCGUGAACAUGAGUCUUUCAACAAGAGAUGAUAAUAUAUACGUAUAUAGUUUCGAGUCGGCGAUCAAACUCAAAGAACUAGACCUAAAUAUCACUGGAUUAUUUUACGACAAAGAAAUAUCAAGGAUCGUAAGCUUAAUGAUCUCCGAUAUAACACCGCAAUUGAUUGAGGAUUAUCAAGUAGAAGUAACCAAAAAAUUCAAUACUUUAGUUACGAAUAUCAUCAACGAUUUUUUAAAGAACAAAAGUUGGAUGGAUCUGAUAUCUCUUCUUUCUUUUAUAAAAGCGGUCAUCGUGUAUACUUUUCUUAAUAUUUUUCGAGAAUUGUUAAUUAGCGUAUCGAAACUAAAAAUGAUUCGUUCGAUCAUAAUAUACACUGUAAUUUUCAUUUCUUAUCAUGCUUUCGCGCAUGGACAGAAAGAAAAUUAUAGUAUCAACAUGAAACCUUUCUUAGAAAGAUUUAAGACUGUAAUGAAAACAGGAAAUGAGUCUCUCAAAAUACCUGUGUUCGAUCCGUACAAUCGAGUCGAAGAAACCCUUCACGUUAAUUUAUCCUAUAUUUCGGCUGAUACAAAUUUAAAAAAUCUUCACAUAUCCGGUUUAUCGAAUUAUCAAGUCAAAGAGGGUAAAUUCAUGCUAGUAGGAUUACAGAUUAAAGUAGGAUUCCAUUGGGAAGAAAUCACUACAAGAUCCAAAUACGAUAUUAAUGGGACCGCAGCUAACAAAUAUCCGAUUUAUGGAAAGGGUGAACUCGUUGGAAUAAUUAAAGGUUUGGAUGUUACUUGUAACUUACGUAUGAGCCCGAAAGGUAACAAGUUACAAGUAUCGAGUAUUACGUCGACCGUAAAUUUGAAAUCACUUGAUUUAAACGUAACUGGACUUUAUAAUAACGAAAAACGUUCGAAAGAAGUUAGUAAAAAGAUAUCUGAAAAGGCACCAGAAAUUAUUCGAAAAUAUCCAGUACAAGCAGGAAUAAUAGUGAGCGAAAUCACAUUGAAAAAAGUCAACCAAAUUAUAGGUAACAAAUCUAUCAAAGAUUUGUUAGAUCUUAUACGUCCUUAAGAAAA